UGCUCUCGUUCUACAAAAAAAAAAUUGAAACAAUUCCCUGGGUGGCGUUGUCUGGCAACAUUACAAUAUUUAAAAUGCCCUCACCCAUACAUCACGCCCCGUGUCGCUACAAAAACAAAUUCUUCCAGCAGAUGGAGCCACAUAUACAUUUUUCUAUCACGUUGCAUUUACGUAAUGCUUUUAUCCAAUGUGCAUUCAACCAAGGGGGAACAGACCCAAUUAGUGUUAUUAGGAUGAAGCACGCACUUCAGUUUAUGAACUUACACUUAGAUUGUAUUGAUUAUUCAGUAAAUAAAUUAUGAUUUUUGAAUGGAUGCUAAUGUUAAAUAAUGUUAAAUUUUCAUUCUAUUUAAAUCUCAUGUACCUACUACCAUAGUUUUUCUGUUAGCAUACUAUAUACAACAUAUUUAUUGAUCUAUAAUUUACACAUGCAACAGUACGAAAGUCAUUAGUGAAAUGUAGUGGCAUGAGAAGCACAAUAUUUCCAAGAUAAAGUGAUGUAAGAGAACUAAAUUACUCAGUACUGUACUUGAGUGUGGUGUAUUUAGUACUAUUUAAUAUGUGCAUUAGGUUUGUCCUGAAGACUUGCUAGUGGUAUUUUGCGCAUGUCUGGGGAAGUAAAAAGAUGGAUAAUGCCCUCAUGCCGAGCCUCGUGUGUUGUAUCCUGACAUUAUUUAUUAAACAGUUAAACGCGUGCCUCGUCUAGUUAUUUAGUACACCACAUUGAGUAAACAUACUUCUUAAAUUUCCCUCACUGCUAGUUAUAUAUAAGGUUAUAAACCUCAUAAGAGCCAUUCACUACUAUGAAUCAGCUUUCAAACUAAAUCCAACAUCACUUCCUGGCGAGAUUCCAGUUGAACGGAAACCAGUUCCGGUAAAAUCCUCUCCUUUGUUUAGUUUCAGUGAUUGAAAUAACUGAAGUCACCUGAAAUAUACUAAAGAAGAACCCGCCCACUUUACACACAUUGACCAGUCAGCUGCGCACAGGUUCGCCCGUCACUUGCAUACACUAGAGCUUUACUGCAACCCAGCAGAAGGUUUCUGCCAAUUCACGACAAAGCCUCACCCGUUCAUAAGCUGUUUAUGUAUUGUAUGUGUUGACUAUGAUGAUGGUGAAGCUAACAGCGCGACAAAGGAGCCAGUUGCCCACCUGUUACUACGAGGGAUACUUGACGAAAAGGUCUUUCAAAGAUAAGACAUCUAGGAAACUGUGGACGUGUCUUUGUGGAAACACACUGUUCUUCUUCAAUGAGAAGAGAAACACUGAGUACAUCGAGAAGGUGGAUCUCAGGGGAUUUGUAUCCAUAACAGAUGACAGCAGCCAGGAUCGUAACCUUGAUGCAGCCAGAUUCAAUCUCCAGCUGAAAGAGGAAAAUAUCAGAUUCACUGCUCUUAACUUAGAGGCUCGUGAGCUGUGGAAGGGUUAUAUCCGCUCCGUGGUCGAGCUUGCAGUACCAGCCUCCAUUAACCUGCUGCCAGGCCAGAUCCAGACUCUGAAAGAGACCGUGGAAAAGGAAGAAGCAAGAAUAAAUAACGCCUCCCCACCUGUUGUCACCAACAACGCUGCUCCAGUCAGCCUGCAAGGGGACAAGCCAGCUUGUUACCACAACGUGACCCGGCUGGAGGCGGAGCUUCUGCUGGAGAGAGAAGCCGUGAGAGGAAACAUGCUGCUGAGACCCGGAAGUGCUGGAAGCUCCUUCGCUGUGACCACCAGACAGCACCUGGAGGGCUCUAUAAUUAGACACUACAGGGUGACCCCCAAACACACUGGGGGCUUCCUCAUUGAUGUGGACAAUCCUGUUCUGUGUGCCACGCUUCAUGAUGUCAUCCAUUAUUUAGUGGAGAAAAGCGACGGAGUUCUGACUCCUCUUAUCUUUGAGGAAACGUAUGAAAAAAACAUCUCUUUUAUUAGUAAAGAUUGUGAAAAUGGAGAGAGCAGCCUUCAGCAGGCCCUGACAAGCCUUGGCCCACCAAGUGCCCCCCCCAAGAAAGUGGAAGAGAAAGAAAAAGAGAUGGAUAGUUUAUCAGCUGCUCCACUGCAACGUAAGACUUCAUCCCACAAACAUAUCUAUAAAUGUUUGUUUCUGACCUGCUAUAAUUUUUGGUCUUCCACUGAACUUCACAAAAAAGCUCCGAAGAAAGCAAUUAUGCCUCCAGUUCCUGCUCCUCGCAGACUGCUCCCAUCUCCCUCCUCCACAAACGGGGAUCAGAAGAUGAGAGUCGUCACAGAGCCACAGGGACAGAUUCCGCUUGCUGCCAUGUCGGAGCUAAAACUAAAGUUUGGGCAAAUAUCCCGGUGUUGAGUGACCUCUCCUGAUGACAAUCCGCCGAGCAUCUGUUAACAUCCGGGACCGUCUCUGAACAUCUGUACAUUUAUGGGACUAUUUGUGAAUAUCUUGAGACCAUCUGGAAACGUCAUGGAACAUCUGCCUGAUCCGUGCCACGUUGUCUCCACCGAGAAGUUCUUGCACAUUUUGCACAUUCCUUUCUAAUUGGUUUGCAUUUUCCAGAUUCCAUUUUUAUGUGUUGCUUUUGUCUCCUGUAAAUAUCUUUACAUAGCAGAUAUAUAUACAUAUACAGUAUGUAUAUUGUGAAAGAAAUUACUGCCUCUCUAUAUACUGAAGUGGAAAUGAAAUAAGGCUCCAUCUAUUCAUCUGCGGCUAUUCCUCUAAAUUAUUUGAUUGGUCAAAACAAUUGACCACUUUCCAUCCCGGUUUCUUACGGGUCCAAAGAGAUGGCUUAAAGUGUUUCAACAUUUAUACAAUGAUAAAUAAAAUAAGAUAAUAUAAAAUAAAAAACGAAAGAUGAACCAAUUAUUAUAUUUCAGAUGUUUGUACGAAUCGGUUAAGAAUGACAUUAGUUUGGGUUUGUUCCCAUCAUAUGUAAAUCUAUGAUAGAUAGCGAUAAAUGUAAGUCAAUUAUAAAUAUGAACAAGUAACUUGUAGUAAGUGCCAUGUUUCAUAACGUUCUGUAAAACUUCUCUUUUUGUAUAAACACAGUCUAGUUUGUU